AUGGUGGAUUUCUACCACAUUGCCAAGUUUCCCGAGGUGACGGGGUGCAUAGACUGCACCCACAUCUGCAUCAAGGCACCGGGUGGGCCGAAUGGUGAAGUUUACCGUAAUCGGAAGGGUUACUUCUCCAUAAAUGUACAGGUCAUUGCAGGGCCGCAGCUGCAAUUUUACGACGUCGUGGCUAGCUGUCCCGGAUCCGUGCAUGACAGUCGAAUCUUCGACAACAGUCGUGCACGUGUUCUCUACGAGACAAAACGAAUGCCUCGUCUUCUACUUGGCGAUGCUGGCUAUGCAUGCAUGCCCUUCCUAAUGACCCCACUAGCUUCCUCCGGACGUCCGAACAGCCCCGAGAGCAAGUAUCCAGCGGCUCACAUCCGCACCCGCAACACUGUAGAGAGAGCUUUCGGUGUGUGGAAGCGUCGCUUCCCAUGUUUGGACAUGGGGCUUCAGCACUUGACGGAGCGUUCUGCGGCCAUUACGACAGCCUGUGCUGCCCUGCAUAACCUGGCAGUCCUGAGGCAGGACCCGGAACCUCCUCCACCGCCGCCGCCGCCAGCGCGCCCACCCGUCGCCCAGCGCACCUAUACGAGGAAGACGGACAUUUGGCGAGCCCCCGACCACCGCCCGCUCUGCUAUCACUGCGGAGAAGCCGGCCAUGUGUACCGCCGAUGCCCAUACCGCGACAUGGGACUGAGAGGGUUCGCCGUCAACGCGCCGCGUCCACAGCUUGGGGAGCGCCCACGUGACAUUGCCGAUUACCUAGCCGCCACUCAGUGGAACUCUCGACGACCGUCCCGUUCGCCGUCACCAGGCCGCUACCUGUCGCCGCAGCGCCGUCCAUACACCGGCCCAGCCCGGGGCCGCUCUGCGAAGAUCCUCCAGGAGCCUCCGGCGUCACCGUCUCUGCCCCACCGGCCGUUCCUUCAUGGACCGUCACCACGCGGCAGCGCGAUCCCUCCAUGUUCGCUGGCAUUCGUAGUGACGACGUCGUUGACUGGCUGGACAAUUAUGACCGCUAAGCCUCAGCCUUCGCUUCCUGGACUGCGCGACAUCAUCAAAGAGGAGCUGUCCUCCAUCACCUGA